AGAUACACAAACUGCACAGGAUAUUUCCAAAGUGAAUGGGAAUCACAGCUGAUUGCUCUAAACACAGAUUUCUGUUUCAACAGCUGCUGAAGGGGACCUCCUAAGCCCUGAGCAGGAUGAACAAGACCAAGGCAGCUUUUGAUAGCCCAGAACUUUGGAGCCCAGAUUGCAUGCAGAGCAGCACCCCUCUCACCAGUCUGGCACCACCCUCUGCAUUUGGACAGGCUGUGGACACAGCCCUGGAUGCAAUCCUUGUCAUGGUCCUCUUCAUCAUCACAGUGUCUCUGGGAUGUACAAUGGAGACAGCCCAGAUCACAGCUCACCUCAGGAGACCUAAAGGUGUGGCAGUAGCCAUAAUGGCUCAGUACAGCAUCAUGCCCUUGACAGCAUUCAUAUUGGGCAAGCUCUUCCAGCUGGGCACCUCAGAAUCCCUGGCCAUCCUCAUCUGUGGCUGCUGCCCAGGGGGAAACCUCUCCAGCAUCUUUAGCCUGGCACUGAGAGGGGACACAAACCUCAGUGUUGUAAUGACGGCGUGCUCCAUGGUCCUGGCAAUUGGACUAAUGCCACUGCUCCUGUACCUUUACUUGGGAGCACUGUCUGAGGGUGACUUGGACAGCAAGGUACCUUACAAAGGGAUAAUCACCUCCCUGGUGCUGAUGCUAAUCCCCUGUGCCAUUGGCAUCAUCUUGAAUGAGAAGAAACCACAGUACACUGGCCUUAUCACCAAGGCAGGAAUGAUUAUGCUUCUACUGUCAUCAGCUGCUAUAAUUGUUCUGUCUGUGGCCAAUAUGGGAAGCUGCAUCAUGGUUGUCUUCUCACCAUCUCUCCUGGGAACUUCUGCCUUAAUGCCCCUCACUGGAUUCCUGCUGGGCUACGCUGUCUCUGCAGCCUUCAAGCUGAAUGACCGGUGCAGGCGGACAGUGUGCAUGGAAACUGGCUGCCAGAAUGUACAGCUUUGCUCAGCCAUCCUCAAGGUCACCUUUGCCCCUGACAUCAUUGGCCCCCUGUACUUCUUCCCACUACUCUACUUGCUUUUCCAGCUUGGGGAAGGAUUUCUGCUCAUCCUGGUCUUUCGGAUCCAUGACAGAAAAAAGCAAGCCAAUGGCAAGUACAGCUUUGCUCCUUUCUUGUACUUUCCAUGCUAA